GGGAUAAAGCGGAUCGAAUGAUGCGUUGAGAAAUUUCCAGGUUUCAAAGGCUAGAGAAGAAGGCAGACGGUUGUUUGUCGGUGGGUUGCCGAGAAUGCUGGAUCAGACGGAGAAUGAAUUGGAGAUUCGUUCUAUUUUCGAGAGGUUCAAGAUCGAUGGAGUGAGUAAGAGGGUGUGCCCUCGGGACAAUAAUCUGGAUAAUAGACGAAACUUUUGCUUCGUUGAUUUUGUCAGUCGUGAGGAGGCUGGAGAGGCUGUGCGAGCGGUCGAUGGCGUAGAUUACAGAGAUGCUCUGUUGAAAGUCUCGAUGUCAAUUUCGAAAUCUCAAAGAGAUAGAACUAGUGAUAGGGGAAUGGGAAUGGGAAUGGGAAUUGGAAUGGGAUCAGAGAGGAACUCGCGAUGGGGAUAGGAAAUUUGUGAUGAUGGUUAUUUAGAUUUAUAGCUGCUGGUCCCGAGUCAAUCAAUCAUCGGUUUA